AGGCAGCUAGAAGCUGGUGUCAGAUUGACAAUGACAAGUUGUCAAAAUAAUAAAGUUUCAUCCUGUCGGACCCGAAACAAGCAAACGUAAAAUUCAACCUAACAAAUGAUAGUUUCCGAAGUCGAACGCGAUUUAAGUAAUAUUAUGAAAACAAUAUAACUUCUUUGAGUAUGUACAACAUGGACAUUAGGUGUGGAAGAAGAUAUUAACACCGACCGUCACGAAACUCAAAAAAGUUCAAGUGUGUUAUGUUAAUAGAAAAAGCUUCAAAAUGAUGGCUGGAAAAGUUAUGCCAGAGACAGAGGAGCAGAAUAGAAUAAGGUUUCAAGUGGAAUUGGAAUUUGUACAGUGUUUGGCUAAUCCAAACUACAUUCAUUUUCUAGCCCAGCGAGGCUACUUAAAGGAGCAGACUUUUAUCAACUAUAUCCGAUACCUACAGUACUGGCGGGAACCAGAGUAUGCACGCUACCUUAAGUAUCCAAUGUGCCUUCACUUCUUAGAACUCUUGCAGCAUGAGGCGUUCAGAAGAGAAUGUGUGUCUGCUCAGGUCUGCAAAUUCAUGGAUGAUCAAGCGAUUUUGUUAUGGCAACACUAUACGCGGCGGCGUACGCGCACGCUACAGCCACCGGACGCCCCCGCACCCCCUGCCCCGCCCGCGCCCCCGCAGCAAGGCCCGCCCAGGCAACAGUCUUAGACAUUAACCUAUGAUUAAUUGUUGCUAGAAACCUAUCAACAGAUGGCUUUCAUUAUUAGAGAUAGAAAUUUCAGAAUUCAGCUGCCAAAUGAGUGCAAUUGCCUUCUUUUAAAUUCGAUGAACAAUUUACUAAUAUGCCUCGCGUAUUUGCAAACUGUUCAAUUUUACCGACUAAAUAUUUUUUAUGACCGCGCGCUGUUAUCUCCCGUUAUGUAUAUUACAGCGCAUAUUCACUAUACAAGAAAUGUAUCUCUACUAAUGAAAACAUCUUAAAUAUUUUACUAAAAGUAAGAUUAGUUAGUAAAGGCUAGAGAUCUAGAAUAUAAUAAUAUGCACAGAAAGGAAUAUUUUACUUGAACUCCCUUGUCAAGUCAUGAGUGAAUGAAUCAGAACAGAGAUGGCAAGCACACAAUUUGCUAUUCACGUCAGAUGGAUCAAGUUAUGUUGUAGUAUCAAAUACAUAAUAGUUAAAUUACUAUGCAUCAAUUAAAAAGCAUUUUGAUACUUCUUGUCAAAUGAAUUAAAGUGUUACUUGUGAAAAAAAUUAAGCACUAAUUCAUUGAAAGAACUUUGCCAGUACAAAAAAAAAUCCUUUAGUUUUUGUGUAUGGCCAAAAUCGUCAUAUCGCCAAAAUGUGUAAAUAUGUAACGAUUUUGAUGUCUUAACACAGACUGAAUAUGUGUAAUUUCUAGAAGUAAGUUAAUGUUAAUAAAAAAUUGUUUUAUGUAA